UCCUACCGUACUACACAGUUUACCACUUCAACAGGAUACACGAUCAAACUAAAAUAUGGCUCUAGGAGGUAAAUUGGCAGCACAGGCGAUGAAAAAAUCGUCGGGCAAAGCGCAGAAGAACAUCGUCAAGUCCGACAAGAAACGCAAGCCUAAGAGGAAAGAAUCAUACGCUAUCUACAUCUAUAAAGUACUGAAACAAGUACAUCCCGACACCGGUGUCUCCUCGAAGGCAAUGAGCAUCAUGAACAGUUUCGUCAAUGAUCUGUUCGAGCGCAUAGCCACCGAAUCCAGUCGUUUGGCGCACUACAACAAGCGUUCGACCAUUACCAGUCGGGAAAUUCAAACUGCUGUCCGACUAUUGUUACCCGGUGAAUUGGCCAAGCACGCCGUAAGUGAAGGAACAAAGGCAGUCACUAAAUACACAAGCUCCAAGUAAAAUACGUUAUUUAUAAUAUCCUGACACCUACUGCGAUAGGUUCAAUCUUAA